AUGGCGCCGUCGCCGCCGCCGCCUGGGCUCGCACCGAGCCGCCGCGUCGGUCGUCGCCGCCUGCCGCUCUCGGCCAAGCGCAGCGAUGAGCUCACCGCCCUCCUCCUCCCCGCCAUCAAGGCGUUUGGCCUGGGCUACCUCAUGGACAUCCUCCCCGCCAUCAUAAAGGCCCUCCUCCGCUUCACCACCUCCGAACUCAAACGCAUACGCGCACAACAGAAACGCACCAACGAAGAACGCUCCCUCGCAACCGACUGGGCCACCCGACGCCCCUCGCUCCCGACCAGGGCCAUCGACGCCUUCCACCUCGUCGCACCUUCGCUCGCUCGCCUGCCACUGCUCCUCCAGGCCAUCCUCAAGGCGCUCGUUGCAGCCCUUGGCCCACAGGGAAUGGCCCUCAGCUGCUUCUGCGCCAUGGCCGGCUGGAAGAUCUCCGAGUCGAUGCUCUGGUGGCCCAUCACAAAGUACUACGCCCUCAAACUCUCCCACAGCGCACCAGACGUCCGCCGCCAACUCGCACUCACCAGGGCCAGGGUCGCGGCCACUUUUAUCUCGGCCUCGGUCUCGUCGGCCCUCUCGCUCAUGGUCCUCCAGCACAACUCGAUCCAGGCCGACCUCCGAGCAGCCACAGCCGCAGCCGCUGCCGCUGCUUCGGGCGGCAUCGCAGCCACCGCUUCGGGCAACGCGACAAAGCCCACAACCCUGCCGCCCGUCCCUACGGGCUCAGACUCGCUCCACAUAGACACCACCUCGUCCUGGAUCCCCAAACCGCUGCGGUCGCCCCGCUUCGGCUUCACCGCACCCAGGGCACCCGCCUCCGUCACUUCUUGUCCAGGCUGA